AUGUUUCAGCAGAGGAUCGCAGAUGAAUUGAACACCGCGUCGACCUGGCACGUAUGGACCGUCGAUUCCGACGCGACAAACCAUUCCACUUCGUUCGUCUUUUACGUUGGUAACACACGGGGCACAUCAAACCGGGAACUGUUCCUCAGCCAUCGAUUCUACAUCGAUUUCGGCCAGGACUCGCCAACAUCGACGGCGUCAUUCGCGCAGCCCACGAGCACCCAGACGACGACCCGAAACCUGACAGUUUCUUCCUCGUCGAUGGUCACGAACCAGAGCAGCGCAGCGACGGAACAAAGUAGACUUUCGCACGCUACAACGCUCGAGUUAGGACUUGGAAUUGGGCUGGGCGUACCAUUUUGUAUAGCAGUCGGAGUUGCCUUGUUCUUCGCACACAAGCGAAAAGGACCGCCUCCACUCACUACUGAGGUCGUUUCUGAACUUGACCGCAAGACAGCGGGUCCUAGCACGCAGGAACUGGAUGGUGGUAACCCAUGGGACGCAAAACAUCCAUCUGGAAGGCGGACAACCAGGUACGAGCUGGGGUAG